CACGCACUUGAGAGCGCGCGAUAUUUUUUCACGAUUAUAUUACGGAGACUGGUACCGAUUGGUGGUGUGCGGAUCUUGUGUAGUAAAGCCAACUGACUUGUUGUUGAUUGCCUUUCGAAUCAGUUCUUCAAGCUGUUAAGUUGAUUUUUAACCGGAAAAAGGCUUCUUAAAGGUACCAAAGGAAAAGACAAAGAAUUUACUAAGCACAGGAUCGACUCAAUCAGCUCAAUCACUCGAUCGGACGCUAAAAACUGGCAAUUCUCUUGCAAGGAUUCGGUUACACAAUACCACUAUAGCUGACUCGUUGCCUUGGAAGUUCGAGUAAUUUGCAGCCUUCUUGUAGUGUUUCUAUGGUUCUAAGGCAGCUAAAUACCAUGAAUGAUGGUGAGAUCGUCAAGGAGGGACAUCUAAAACGACUGAAGGUAGGAAAUUUAUUUAUUAAAAUGUCCAUUUUGACUUCUUCCCCAGCUAUCAUUGACGACAUAAAUGCUUGAGAGUCGAUGAUUUAACUUUUUUCCUUGUAAUAAAAAUAUUGGACCGAUUUUUAUUGAUUUGAAUGCCUUCUUUAUCAGAAUCGCUGCUCACAAUUUUUUCGCUCUUAGAAUUAAAACGUUGCUGUGUUUGGAAGAUCGAACUGUUUUUUAAAACUCAUGUUUGGCUAGUUUGUUGUUGUUUGCGCGCGCGCGCUCCUAUUGCAACACCUCCUUGAACAUUUUGCGAGCAGUCUAAACUUGCACUCUCCGAUCACACGUUCUUAAGCUUCUAGAACGCUUUCGACUUAUUUUGAAUAAUUUCAAGGCUUCCUUUUUUAUCACGAUCUUUAAUAAAAAUCUCGAUUGUUCUGUAAAAUGUAACAUAAACUCAAGUACCCGUCUUGUCACCGGCUAGUGAUUCAUUUAGCAGAUUAAGCAUGUUUUCAAAAAUACAAUGUUGUUUGGAUUAGGCUAGACGAAUUUGCAUCGUCACUCGAAAUGCCCUUUAUUUCAAUUGUGUUAUGUUUUGUCCAUGCCUUUUAGCUUGAGGCUCCAAAGAACAAACUAGGAAGUUGGAAAAAUAUUCGUGCGAGUGAGCGACAAAUUGAAUGACAAUGUCUUUCUUAUUCAUGUGACAUGAAGCGCGGAAAAGCGAAUAUUGAACGGUAAAUGCAAAUGUUUACGAAAUAUUCAUUUACUGUGGAAAAUUGCAGUUUUAUAAAAGCUGCAGACAUCGGGCAUUUCAGUUGGUUUAGCAACAAUGUUGAGACCUUUUAAAAAUUUAAAAAUAAAAUAAACUAUUUUGUGCUAGAUUUAUCACUUUUCGGUCAGUUCAGUACAUAACACGAUUUACAAUAACAUUGAUGCUGAGUACGAUGUUAUUAGCUUUCGAUUUGUUUCUUUUUCUCAUUUUGUUAACAGACUCACAAGAAACGCUACUUCGUUCUUCGCUCUUCUCCAAGAAAAGGGAAAUCGCGGCUGGAAUACUAUGAAAGUGAGAAGAAAUAUCGCCAAAAUAGUUCGCCGAAACGUGUCAUAUACCUCGCGAACUGUUUUAAUAUUGCUAAGAAAGAAGAUACGAAGCACAAAUUGGUCUUCGUCUUGUUUACACACGAGGACAAGUUUGGCCUCGUUGCUGAAACAGAAGGUGACCUAAAUUCAUGGCUAAAGAGUUUGAAGAUUGAGCAGAGAAAAGAUGACAUCUUAAAUUCCUCGGGUGGGUAAUUUUAGCGUUAUUCAUUAGAUAAUAGUCUAAAUAAAAAGCCCCAGUGGCCAAUCUUUUAAUUAGAAGAAAGUGCGUCAUUAUGUUUUCAAUAAUUGUGUUCCCAUAACACCAUAGGGGUGCCUUCCGCCGAAGAAUUAAUUACGUCUGGAUUUUCGGAAAUCAGUAAGAUCCCUAAAAUGUAUUGUUUUUUCUAAUGAAUUUAUGUGCAUGAAAUAUUGACAUCCAUCUCAAACAAAAAGCUUGAUGCACAAUAUACAGUGGAACCCCGCCUUAUGGAUACCUUGUUAAUACGGUCACCUCGUUAUUACGGCCACUUUUUUUUUGGCCGCCUGGCAAAAAUGACCAUACAUUUACCUGGAAAGAAACCUCUGUAAAUACUGUCAUCUUUUUAUUAUGGACAAAUUUUUUUGACCCAUUGGUGACCGUAUUAACGGGUUUCCACUGUAUCUCCUUUUUGGGGUUCAUGCUUGAUUGACUUUUAGAUCGUAUUGAACUUAAGCCGGGUUUUCAUAACACCCAAGCUCGAAACGCGUGACAAACCCCUAAGGAAUGUCUGCAUGGGAGUGUCCCAGAUUUGAAGUUAUUGCCACGUGAGUGGCAGUAUCCCAGGUGGUGACUGAUCAAGUUAUUGUAGGGAAGGAAAGAUUGCAGACCAUUUGCACAAAUCUUGGAAGCAAGUCUGUUCCUCAGAAAUGCUUCUUUUGUUCUAGUUUCCCCCACAUGUCCUUAGCCAUCCCAGAUAAUCAAAGAUGUCGAUAAUUUUUUUGCAUUCUUCAUUCUGUUCGUCCCUCCCCUCCCUCAAACAUAUGGAUCUGGUCAGCAGGGAUUUUGAAAACCCGACAUUAACUGACCAGUCUGGUCUUUUUCCUUUUAACAGUCUCAACAUGGCAUGUGUCCGUCAAACCCAGAGGACUGGGUACUAGUAAAAAUCUCGCUGGUCAAUAUGAUCUGCAGCUGACUAGUGACUCUUUAAAACUGGUGAUUAAAGAUACAAGAGAUGCGGCAGUGGAACUUCAGCUUGUCAACAUUAGACGCUGUGGACAUACAGACUGUUUUUUCUUUAUGGAACUUGGUCGAUCUGCAGUGACUGGUGCUGGUGAGAUGUGGAUCCAAGUGGAUGAUCAGGUUAUUGCACAGAACAUGCAUGAGGCUAUACUGGGGUAAGUAAACUCUUUGUUUUGUUUGGGUAGCAAGGGUGGCACAGUGUGAAGAGCACUCAUCUCCCACCAAUAUGGCUGGGGCUCUAGAAUAUGUGGGUUGAGUUUGUUGUUGGUUCUCUCCCUUGUUACGAGAGGUUUUCCUUAGGUAAUUGUCUAGUUUUCCCCUUCCCUCCAAAACCAACACUUUGAAAUUCCAGUUUGGUCUAGAACACACAGACAGGUGUAAAGAAGUUCUUAAGAACUCCUAAGUGCUUCACGGAUAAACAGUUACCAAAAAAGUUGUUUUUAUCAUGUCUGCUUUAUUGUCUGUGCCAACUUCUGCUCACUUAAAUUUAGAGAUUUUCCAUUUUGUACAAAUUGCAGCAGGAAACUGUAACUUGAAUUUUGGACCAGGAUAAUGUUUGGAAAAUUUGGGAUUUGCAUGUCAGCUGUUUAAUAGUACACAAAAGUUAUGUCAGUAGUUUUUGCGACCCAUUCAGUGGGAUAUGACUAGCCAACUGAAAGCUGGUCCCCAUAAAUGGUCACUGUUUGUGUCCAAUUUAUAAUACACUAACAUAUAUUACUUGCCAUUACAUCCUCUAGGGUAAUGCAGAAUAUAUCUGACAUACCACAAAAAUCCAGACGCCGUUGUGCUAGUGAGGGGAAAAGGGGGAAGGGCAGGCCACGCCCUGUUUCAGCCGUCCUUUACCCACCCAGCCGUGUCCGCGCAGACACAGAGCCAAGUUCCCCGCUGUCAUCAUAUCGUGUCGGCUUGGCAAGUUCCGCUAAAAAUUUGUCACUGAGUGAGAGCCCUAAGAAUAAACCAUCACCUGGUCUGAAUCGUUUCCUACCUCGUCGAAAAUCAAAGGAUGGUAAGUUAUCAUUGUGUGUCCAAGUAAUGCAAGUGAUAUCCAGGUGAUUGGCAUACUAGACCGUUCACAGUCUCCUACUUUUUCGCAAGAUUGUCAGGAUAGGGCGCUUCCCGGUACGGACGUCCAUCUUAAUUUCCUGUGUACCGAGGGGGCGGGCGACGGGGUUUAUAGCGUUGGGCGGUGGGAGGCGAGAAACGCCUCCUCCCAAACCGUCCUCUUCCCCCUUAUUCGGCACUCAUUGCAUCCAAGAUGGCCGUCCGUCACGCAAAGCGCUCAAUGUCGAAAGUCUUACGGAAAAAUAGGGAACUGUGAACAGUCUGUUGGCAUAGAAAACGACCGGAACUCGAAAAAAGGUUUGGGACAGCCAUCACUGUUGUUUGUGUAUAAGAAUUUUUGUCUUUUCAAACAGUUUCAAGCGUGGAUAGCUCAAACAGUAAUCAAGAAGAGACAAACUCAGAUUUCAAUGACAAGGUGUUGGUCAAGCCAUAUUCAAGCAGUCGUCCAUCAUCCGAGGAAAGAGAUGUUCAACCAGGUAGACACAGAGCGUGCAAAUGCCAGACAAAUGUGGUCUGUCUAGGGUGCCGUCCACACGUAUUCGUUUUUGUUUGAAAACGGAGAGUUUUCAGUUUGACCUUCCGUCCAUACGUAUCCAGUGAAAACGGUCACUGAAAACGCAUCUUUUGAAAAACGCUUUUCAGAGUGUAGCCAGCGCUACAGACGAAACUGAACUCUGGUUAAGUCCGUCUGCGAAACAACAUCGAAAUUCUUGUUCUGGGCCCGCACCUGUGUACCAGGAUUUGAGUAUGUGCCAUGAUUGACCCGUUAAAAAAGCCGUUGUCAAUUCGCCAAUCAGGAUGAAAGGAUAUACGAAACGUACUUCCGGUAAUUAGUUGAGUCCGUUGGGGGCCCAGAACAAGGAUAUGGGCGCUGCUUUGCAGACGUUACUAACCGAGGUUAAAUUACGUCUUCGUUGCAGGCUAUCCCGCAGAGUGGAGAUUUUUGAAAACACCGUUUUGUUGUACUCGUCAGUGAGGAUGGAUUAAAACGGGGGAUUUUGAGAACGAUUACGUUACGGUGUCGGGUAUUAAAAAACGCGCAUGUGCCCAUCAAAACUCGUACCUUUUUAAGUCUCCGGUGUUGUGUUUUCGUGUGGACAGACAAGAAGAUUGAAAAAAGCAACUUAUGGACGCGGAUUAUUUUGAAAAUGGAGAAAAAAGUAUCUUUUUCAAACAAAAACGGAUGCGUGUGGACGGCGCUUAAUCGUUUCACUCUCAGUCUUGUAAGCUGGUUCUAAGUUUUGAGUCCAUGGACAAUAUCCUGCGGUGUGACCAUUGAAAUGAAACCUUUUUGAUAGUACUUUCACUUGGUGCCGGUACUUGUUCUUUCAACAUUUUACAAAAUGACAAAAUGAGAUUUUGAUUUUUUUCUGUUGUCUUGUCUGAUUUUGACUUUGAUUUUCGUUCUGUUUUGCCGCACUAUUGCAAUUUGAUUUUCCCAAACAGACUUUCUUUUUUAAGGUGUCAAAUGACUUACAAGGGUUUUUUUUCUACAGAGUAUGUGAACUUUGGAGCAGAAAGUAUUGAAGACACACUCAGUUCUGAGGAUUACAUGAAGAUGGCGCUAGACAGGGUAAGCUUAAAGGAGAGAGUCGCUCCUUUAAUUGAUUAGUUGAACUGCACGGACCUUGCCCUCACAGGGUGCGUUUGAUUGACCAUUUUCAGGAAUAAGACAAGACAUAAAUUUUGUUACAAAAUUCAAUUCAGAACGACAUUUUUGUACUACUGGAAUUCUACAUUGAUCUUAAUACUGUAUUGCAACCCGGACUGCAGUUGUUACGAUGUGAUAAAUUGAGAGCCUGAGUAAAAAACAGAAAAACCGUCUCUAAGCUUUGUCGCGAUUAUUCCAGCUUGUUAAGAAUAUCCGCAAGUGGAAUUUUUUGUUACAAAUUCUUGGGCACCUGACCUUAUAUUUAAAGUGGUGAAACCGGUUUCGAGUCACUUUGUUUACGGGGGUUUCGUCUUUACGAGGCCGUUAACUUUCUAAAGACGCACAUAACUUUUACAAAUGUUUAAGUCAAAACGAUAUCCACUCUGGACAUUGUUUACAAAGUUGUAUGUUCACGGUCGUUUAGGCGUGGACGAAAGCCAUGCACGCGUAAGUUAGUAUGAGGACGUAACGUAAAAGUGUGGAGUCUCGGUUUUGCAGAAAAAUUGGUAGUUGUGGCGUCCAAAAACAACAUCUCUUCACGUGCAUCACAUUUUGAGCCUUAAUUUGCACGUGCGCCGCUUUUGCACGUGCAUCACACUUGUUUUGUACGUGGCUUUGGCGUUUUUCUGAAAUUCACGUACAAACAAAGACGAAUUUCUCUUAAUAGUUUUGGAUACGGAUGUAGACCCGCUUAGAAUUCAACUCAAGGAAUACUUCAGCCGACGUUUUUAUUGCAUGUUAGGCCUGCUUAAGCUCCCCAAUGCUUCUUUCACAACAUGGAGUCAAUUUUACCACUUUGCGUCCAUGUUAAAAAUAUAAUCAUGGUUUUUGAGUAGAAAUCCAUUGUUUUUAAUCUACUUUGUUACUCACGUUUCGUUCCUUAUCCAUUAAUCAUCGACCGACAUAUAUUGUUAUCUAUGCCUUGUUUUACUUAGAAUUAUUUUAGACUCCGGGAUAUACGGUCGACUCCCGACAACUCGAACCCUCUAGAACUCGAACCUCCCGCUAACUCAAAGCAAUUUUCAUUUCUCUUCAGAUCGUUUUCUAUAUAAUUUUACCUUCGAUAACUCGAACUCCCGAUAACUCGAACUUUUUCCUAUUUCCCGUGAAGGUUCGAAUUAUCGGGAGUCGACUGUAUAUGAAACACAACCCUGAUUUUUGUUAGCUUAUACAUACCUGGGCGGUGCAAUCAAAGUUUGCGUUGUAUUCAGUCGGCUUUAAAAAAUCCCCAGCAUUGCCGUUUAUGGGAUUUUGCUAUGGUAACCUGGUUGUCAAUAGAGUGACUGAAGGCCCCAAGAAUUGCUGCUUCGUUGCUUGUGGUUGCGUGCCAGUGUGAUAUUGUGCACGAAGUUUCACCAGGCGAGAUCCAGACGUGGUCACACUGCGCAGCAUUUAUGCGCAACAAUUGUUGAGCGGCCCCCAAGCGUAGGAUAUGCCUCAUUUUUGGUCAGCGGUUAAACUGGAUAUUGAAAUUUGAUUGGCUGAACAUUGAAACUCCAGGAAAAUUUUACUACAUCGGAGAGUUUAGCUUUAUGUUUAUACGAGAGAACACGAACUUCGUCAAUUAAUCAGGUGGUUGUAUUAAAAUGACCAUAUUGUCUACUGAUGGCUUAUCGACCUCUUUUUGAAUUUUAUCCCUUCUUUUCCAAUAGCGACAUAGCUGUGACUCAUACUUAGACAUGGACCUGUCAAAAGCUAAGGCCAUGAAAGCGGCGAGAGACCAGGAUUCACAAGAAGCGACAAAGUCGACACAGACCGCCCGUGAAGGGGGAUACAUGGAUAUGACGUCACCAAGACAACAAGCGGAGAACCACGUGACACCAAAGCUUCAAAACUCGGGCAUUGUACGUCAAAAGAAAACUUCAUCACCUAGGCUACUGCGGGCCAAUGAGAGCCCCCUGCCAAAUAAACCAGACAUUCGUGAGUUUGUUUCUCUCAAGAAAUCGCCUUCUUCAUCUCGAAGGAAUUCAAGUCAAGAUUACAUCACCAUGAGUCCUGUCGGAGUGCGAAAAGAACAGACUCCAAUAUACAUGAAUUUUGUCCCCCCGGGUCAGAAACUCUCAAGAAACUCGUCAAGUUCAGAAUCGAUCACCAAUGACAAGGACCACCCUGUGUAUGUGAACUUUACACCUGGAGAGAACCUCGAAAAAGCGGGAAGGCGACUGGAAUCUCACAGCCCCAAGAAAUGUCCUGAAAUUUCUGUUGAUUCUUCGCCUUAUGAAGAAAUGCACCAUUAUAUUAAUUUCAGUCCCUACAAAAAACGCGAUCAAAUUUCUGUGCCCAACAAUUUCAGAAAACACAGCUUGGAAUCCAUACUUACCGAACCAUCACGUGAGUAUGUGAACGUUGAUCUAAGCGGUAUCGCAAAAAGCAAAAGCGCGGUAGACAUGCCUGAAUACGUGAACUUUACUCCAGGGAGGCGACUUGAAAACGGUAAAAGGGGCAGCGUCGGAUCUAGUGGGGAGAUAGAUAGCAACGUGCAACAAGAGGUCGAUUACGUCAAUUAUUCACCAGGUAAACUUGACGUCAAACAUAGCAAAUGGCGCAGGUCCCCUCGUUAUGGAAGACGAGAAAGUGAGCCAGCGUUGUUACGUCCAAGUAGUCGUGAUUUCAGGUCGGUUUCACAUUCAGCUAAAGAAAACGAAGAAUCUACCGAGCUUCAUUACAUAGUGCUUGAUUUAAGCAAAAACGAGAAGGAUGGCUCAGAUUCGCCUUCCCGUCGACGCACGCGGCCGCCCAAAAUUGAUUUAAGCUCUUGUAGCCGCGCGGCGGCGCCUGGACCAAAAUCUGCGCCCUUGGUAAGUCCUUAUGCUGAGGUAGAUUUUACAAAGUCUCAUGGGAUCAGGCAGGCCAGGCAAGAGAUGAGAGUGCCUGCCAACACAGCGGUGUAAAAUUGGGGGGUCAAGAGUGGAGUGGACUAUAUUUUACGACAGGAGUGGUCUAGGCCAUUUACCGAGAUUUAUUUCCACUGACGCGUUCAGCAAUAAACUAUGGCGUAAGCUAUACAUAGAGAGGAAGUCAUCCUGCAGUUUUCAUUUGAAUGCCCACACCAGAGAGUUUUACGCAGAGGAUCAAAAGGUAAAACCGCCUUGUACAACAUGAUAAACAGUACUACGGGAAAGAACUGCUCAGUGCCUUUCAUUUGAAUGCUCACAUCAAAGGAAGCCUCUCCUUAGGAAAGUGCUGCUUGGUAGCCCUCAUUUGAAUGGUCACACCUAGUAUUACAUCCACAAAAUCAAUGGCAAUGGUUUGUUCGAAACGCACUUACCCCUCCCCUCUAUUUUUUCUGGUCUAACCGACCGGACCGGUAUUCCCUUACUGUUUCGUACAGCCAUUAUUUGACUUAUUUGAGUCGUCACGCAACGCCCCUCAGCUAUUAUUUCUUGGGGACGCGUUGUGUUAUUGCGUGACGACCAAAGUAACUCCGCGUUAGAAACUAUAGCCUUAGCCUAUGACACGCGAAAAUUUUGGUGAAUUGCUCUCUAACUAUCAAUUGUAGGAGCUUGGAACUAUUGUUUUUUCCCAGCUCAAAUUUCAGGUUGAGAACAAUUUUGAUGGCAAUCAUAACUGGUUCUUAUUCUAUGUAACGCAUUGAUUUUCACAUUCGAGGAACAUGAUUUACUCGUUUCUCAUAUCUCUAACUUUAGGCGGUGAGGCGGGGGCGGGGGGGGGUGAAUGUUAAUUGUGUGGGAUGUAAUGAGCGUAGCAUCCAGUUUCACGCGAUCAAUGUUUGAAAUUUUUUUAGAAGAGGAACUGUAAAUAAUUUAGAGGAAUUUCAUAAAUUUAUUAUUAAAGGUAAUUAAGGAUGGGAUAAGCACGGGGAUAUAUUGAAAGACUGGACAAUUUAUUCUAAGAAUGUGUAAGUGAAGAUUAUGAGGAAAACACUUCUGAAUUGUUUUUCGCUACUAAGGUUUUUUUUCUGACACACAUUUUCAUACGUUCACGAGCACGGUUAUAAUUUCGUUAUAGCUCCUAAGAUGUGAAAUAGUUAAUUCACCCACACUUGCUAUAGAGACAAUUAUUGGAUUUUAAUAAUUGUAUAAAUUAUUUUGUACAAACAUAAUGCUGAUGUAACUAUUUUUAAAGUGGCUGCUGUAAAUUUAAAUAAAGACUAAUCUCAAUUUUUCCUCGUU